GCCUAUAUAAGUUGCCCCCACUCUCAACUCAAUUCAUUUCAGACCAACAAAAUAUUCGAUUCUAUUUUCAUCCAAACAGCACAUCCGCGUCCGUCAAUCAUCUGUCCAAAAAAAAAAUGGGAUCUGGAAACUUGAACGCAACUGAAUAUCAAAAAUUUCUUGAUCAAGUACAAUAUUCGAAAAAUGGUGUUGCACGUUAUGAAUGGAUAUUUGGUGAAGGUUAUCUAUCGACCGGUGGCCUUGAAACAACCAAAGAAAUUGUUCCCGAAUUAGAACUGAAAUCUGGUCAAAAAUUAUUGGAUAUGGGUUCCGGACUUGGUGGUCAUGAUUUUUAUAUGGUUGAAAAAUAUAAUGUUUAUAUUGAUGCUGUUGAUUUGUCACAAAAUAUGAUGGAUGUUGCUAUGGAUUAUUACAAUAAAAAACCACAUUUAAAAGAUCGAAUCAAUUUUCGUUUAUGUGAUGUGACAAAAGCUGAAUUUCCAAACAAUUAUUAUGAUGCUAUUUAUAGUCGUGAUGCAUUAUUGCAUAUCAAAGAUAAAAAACAAUUGUUUGAAAAUUUUAUGAAAUGGCUUAAACCUGGUGGACGAAUUGUUUUUACUGAUUAUUUACGUGGUAAUCGUCAACCACAAAGUGAAGAAUUUUUAGAAUACGUUAAACAACGUGAUUAUACAUUAUGGACAAAAGAUGAAUAUGAACAAAUGCUUAAACAAGUUGGAUUUGUUGAUCUUAAAAUACAAGAAUGUAAAGAUAAAUUUGUUCAAUCAUUGGAACGUGAAUUGAAAAAAUUACGUGAUGGAAAACAAGAAUUUCUAUCGAAAUUUUCACAAAAAGAUUAUGAUGAUCUUGAACAAGGUUGGACUGCCAAAAUUAAACGAGCCGAAAAUAAUGAUCAAUCAUGGUUGAUGGCUGUUGCAUUCAAACCAAAAUAAUUGUAUCGAACAAUCGGUUUUUACUUAUAUUUUAAUUAGCAAAACAGAAAUAUAGGUUUUUAAAAGAAUU